CUUAGGGGUUUGCAACAUUGAGGUGAAGGAGGUGGUGGAGGUCCUGAGGGGUGUCUUAAAGGAUCAGCUUAAUUCUGGGAGAGAAUUGACUAUCCUGGAUUCUGCUCUCUGGCUUGCCUGCCUCUACCACCAUCUUGAAAAAACACCAGCAGAUGACUAUCAUGUCACCAUGGAGACCAUCCUCUCCCUACCCAUAAUUCCAUUGGUGAAUGGAUCAGUUGUUGCUCUCUCAGAGAAUACUGUGUUUUUCUCAGCUGGAAAAAGGUCUCCAGCAGGGAAGAAUGCCAGUGCCUCCAUGCAAGCAGCAUUAACAGUUUUAGAGCAGGACAUCCCUACUGUCCAUCCAGAUGUCCUGAGAUCACUGGACGGUGUCCAGAACGCUUCAGUUAAGAGGAUGCUAGAAAACAUGGGUGUCAAACACAUCAGUUCAGAGGAUGUUAUCAAAAAACAUGUCCUUCCAUGCUUUGCCUCUGGGAAAUGGAAAGAGAAGUCAACUGAUUUGCUGCUGGCCUACGUUCAACUGAUCAAAGAGCAGUGGACCAGUGACAAGCAGUCCUUGAACAUGCAGGAAGUGAGGAGGGUCAUUCAAGUUCAAUUGACCAGUGGUCAUUUUGUCAACCCACAAGACACAACAGUACAACUUUCCGUGGAAUAUCUCAGCAUGUUUGAUCUUCCCAGCAUGUUUCCAGAAGAUUUUGCAGUUCGUCCUUUGUUCUCGACAGUAGGACCAGUUCUUUGGCAUAAAUGUGAAAAUGUGAUCAGUUGUUCUGGAACUUGGUCUGAACCCACCCUGUUCUUUGCUAAGUUUGCCUUCCUUUUCAAUCAGCUCAACCCAAGUGUGGAAAGCACAGAGCUUGCUUUAGCUUUCCCAUUGCAGACAGAUGGAAAAACAUCACAAGGCGAGCCUCCAAAACAAGAUGUAUUUGCUUUUCUGCCUCUGAGAUGCUUUGGAUUCAAAUUUGUAGUCCAGGGUGAUUUUGAAAUCCCAGCUUCCAGACAGGACAUUUUGCAGGACAGGCAAUGGAACCAGUGGUUGAGAAGUCAUUUGCCAGAACUUUUUGUGGACUCACUGGACUGUUUCCAAAAACACCCCGAGUUUGACAAGAUCAGUGCAGUUGUGGCCUUCCUGAAGCAUGUCCCUUUAGAGGGGGAGCUGUAUGACUUCUUUCAGCCAGUGGCCAAACAAAUUCUGCAGCUCUUACAGGGAAUGCCCUGCCUCCCUGUGAGAAAAGAGGAAGGUUCAGAGUGGAAAACACCAACAGAGAUUGUGAUGUGUAAACACAAGGGCACAGUAGAGAUUGUGUCUCCAGAACUCCUGCAGAAAUAUCUGGGCAAAUAUUACCUGGAUCAAGCCGUGCAGAAGUCAGUAUCCUCUGUACUGUUGAAAAACUUAGGGGUUUGCAGCAUUGAGGUGAAGGAGGUGGUGGAGGUCCUGAGAGGUGUCCUAAAGGAUCAGCUUAAUUCUGGGAGAGAAUUGACUAUCCUGGAUUCUGCUCUCUGGCUUGCCUGCCUCUACCACCAUCUUGAAAAAACACCAGCAGAUGACUAUCAUGUCACCAUGGAGACCAUCCUCUCCCUACCCAUAAUUCCAUUGGUGAAUGGAUCAGUUGUUGCUCUCUCAGAGAAUACUGUGUUUUUCUCAGCUGGAAAAAGGUCUCCAGCAGGGAAGAAUGCCAGUAUGUGUACAUAUGAAUCAGAUGUUUAAUUUUAAGCUAUUACAGUGGAUGUUUUAUUUAUUUAUUUACUGUAUAU